AUGAGUCCAGUGCCUUCCCAACCUUUGGUAGACUUCCAAGAUGAGCAGUUGAAUACAACUAGAAAUGAGAUUCUUGAUUUGAUUGACAAAUCAAAGGUCCACUAUGAUAGCCAAUUUAUUGGAGGUGUCAAGGCUGUCAUCCCAACAUACGUGGACUUUGCCUCGUUGUCCAGCUACUCAAAGAGCGACAAGUCCAAUGUAUUGCGAGGCAUCAAGAGCAAUAUAGCAGGCCUCAUGAAGCAAGUGGCCUCUGCCUUUGAUAAAAUGGACGCCGUCAACAAGUCCAAUGUACAGACUUAUAUUACAAGGAUUGUGAUCACCAACGUACCUGGCAAAGCCUCAACGUCCAAGAAGUCCUCCUUCUCUGCCGAUGGAACUCUAGAAGUUGGUACCAUAUUUGAGGACGCCAUCAACUGUUCCUACUAUGUUGAGAAGAAGAUCAUCACUGCUCUCAACGAGUUCCGUCCGUCACAAGGCGCAGUUGUGCCUGAUAAAGUGGCCGCUUUUGAGCCAGCUCCAACUUCAGAACCUUCCCCUGCAAUUGCUGCCGCCAUUUCAGCUCCACCUCCAGUCUCUGCCAGCGGUCUUGAUCUUUCACAACCCACAUAUCCUGUUGCUGCCCAAGAGACACUCAAGCUUGAGAUUCUGAGCAUCCUCAAGCCAGUCCGCAUUGAGUCAGUGGUGCUAGGAAAGCCAGCAUUUGAGAUGCCAAUCUAUGUUGAUUGGGCAAGUAUGUCCCUCAGUCCAGAUGUCACGAGUGUCCUGCGUUCCGUCAAGACCAACAUUCCCAACAUUGUCAAGCAGAUCGUGCCAUCACUCACCAAGGUGGAUGAGGUCAGAAAGGCAGCCGUGGGUGACUACCUUGUGUCAAUGGUAGUCCAGAACGUACCUGGUAAAGCCUCAACGUCCAAGAAAGCUUGUCUUACCCACGAGGGCAUGCUUAUCAUCACCCUGCCACUGGAGGACUCGCUCAACUGUUCCUAUUACCUCGACAAGAAGAUAACAACUGCACUCAAUGAGUUUAUUCCUCAGAGUGGAUACCAACCACAGGAGAAGUUCAUUUCUCCACCAGUUGCAGUAGUCGCACCAGCGGUCGUUCAAGCUGUCGCUCAGCCAGUAAUCCAACAACAAAGACCACCAGUAGUUUAUCAACAACAACCACCAGCAGUUGUAUAUCAACAACAACCAGUACAACAACCAAAGCCAGUGGCUGUCGCACCACCAGCACCAGUUCCCGUACCUAUUGCUGAGCCAAAGGAGAAGGGUCGUCCAGAGAUGGAGUACAAGCCAACAUUCAGUGAUCCAGCUCAACAAUUCCUUGUCCGAGAGAUUGACCAAUUCCUCAACCACUUCAAGCUUGUCGAUGACAAGGACGUUCCAAUUGGUGCACCCAUCUAUCUGGAUUGGGCUUCAAUCAUGGUCUACCCCACGGCAGUGAAGCAGAGCACAGUUCUUCGCAAUGUCAACCUGACUCUCUACCGAAUGUUGAGAGAGACAGUCAAUGCCGUCAAGCUGUCCUGUACUGAUUUCGCCAUGGGAGGAACUAUUCGUGCCUACCUGCGCUCAAUGACCUUCCAGAACAUUCAAGGUGUAUCCACAACUGCAAAGAAAGUUCUCUAUGAAGAUGGACACCUCAUCAUUCAGACAGUCUUUGAGGACCUUGGAAACUGUGCCAUGUACUUUGACUCCAAGGUUAUACAGGCGUUCCCAGCUCGCCCAUCAACACCCACUCCAAAGAAGCCAGAGCAAGCGCAACUCAUCAGAGAGGAACUGGACAUCCGUCUGCUUGCCCACCGUGAUGUCACCGCCCAGGAGGGUGGUCACUUGUUGGUGCCACCCUGUCCAGUCACAAUGGAUUGGUCAUUCCAGACCAACAAGGCAUACGAGUCUGCAGGUAUUGAGCCCAAUCUCAUUGGCACCAGCAAUCCAAUAAUGACCGAUCUCUUGGGUGCCCUCUCCACGUUCAAUAGCAAGGAGGUGGAGAUAUUGAGACGCGAGAUCACAAAGAUUGUGUUUGUCCAAGCGGCACCUGGCAAGACAAUGUUUGAGAAACGUAGCGUUGUCAUGGCAGACGAUGGUACUCUCAACAUCAUCUCUAUAUUCGAGGACCGUACCGAGGGUGGCAAGGGAUUCCGUGAUCGCUUCAUCAACAGCUUCAAGGCUCGUCUCUACAAGGUACAGAUCAGAGACACCAUCAUCCCUGCCAUUGCCAAGUCAAUCGACGAGUCUGUGCGCUCUCGUGUCAAGGAUAACUACCUGGACAAGAUUGUCGUGCCCUCCGAUGCCAGCUACCAGGCCAACGUCGUCUUUAAUUGGACGAUCAUUGAGAAGGAGUCACCAGAGAGUCAGGUCAACACAUACCGUGCCGUCACUGAGAAGCUUGGAGUUGGUCACGGCUUUGCCGAGGAGCUUCGCAAAGCCAUCUGUGAUAUAUGUUCCUAUGAUGUUGGCAAGAGUGCAUUCCUAGCAACCAAUCGAUUCGUCCUCACCAACAUCAUGAACGCCAAACAGGAGACCAACAAGUUCUCAUGUGGCAACACAUGGGAGUUGACCGCCACCUUCCAUGAUCCAGCCAACAAUCGCAACACUUCGUCUUCGAUGAAUGUCUACUUCAAGGAGCAACUCAAGGUGGCCUUCCCCUGUGCCAUCCAAGAUACAUUCCCACAGAUCGCCUCGUUGGUUGAUGAACUUGCCAGUGCCACAUCAAAGAAGGUCCCAGUGGUUAUGAACUACGAUUCAUGGAGAACGUAUGCCAGGUUCACCAAUGAUCAGUUUGCCUACAAGUCCAUCAAGUCUAUCGCGGUCACCGUUCCAGGCUCUGGUCUGAGGUGUGUUACCACUCUAUGUAGAGAUGCUAUCGUCAAGAAGGAGUACUGCACCAAGGUCAACUCAAUCAACAUUGAGUAUGAUGUGACUGAUCAAGUGAAGAAACAGAGAAACAAGGAUCCAAACGUCGUGGCCACUCUCGACAGUAAGACUGGAUGCCUUACCUUCAAGCUAAACUUUGUCGAUGGUCUGCUUGGAGAGAAGAUGCCAUCAUGGGACUACCAGUUUGAGUUGGCAUUGGGUACCCGUCCACUCAAGAUUGCCCGCUCAAUGGAGAACAACAAGGCAGAGUUGAGUGCAGUCUCGAGCGAGAUUACCUCUCUCAUUGGCAAGACUGUGCAGGUCAGCGUCAACUACAAGUCCUUCAUUGAUCACCGCAACUUUUUGCACGAGCUUGAGGAGCCUGUCUACACCAAGAUCAUUGCUUCAUUUGCUCAGUGGCUAAGAGCUGGUUGGGUCAAGCACGACCAGACCGCCGAACUCACCACCUACGCCACAGUCAAGGAGUCACUGCAACGCCAGCUUACCUCCAUCCAGUUCCAUCUGUGCUGUGAGAACAACCAAAGAGAGGUCUACGACUUUGAACUCAAGGGCACCGAACUCAAUGUCUCUAUCAACCUGUCUGGUGCUAUCGAUGGCAAGACCAUGCCAUGGCGCAUCACUCUGGAGGGCAUAUUCAAGUUGCGCAAUCUCAAGAUCAAGGAGGAGAUUGCCAAGAGAAUCGACCUAUCAAAGAACAAGGCACUGAUCUCCAAGAUGGUUGGCAAGAAUAUCGAGCUGGUGAUCGACUGGGCCUCGCUCGAGUCCGACUCGGCCUUCUCCACCAACGUCGAUGACUACAUCACCUACAUGCAUCGCUUUGCCGAGGAGAUCCCAUCUCGCUUCCCCACUCAGUAUGGUUUUGGCGAGUUGGUCGAGUACCAAGAGGUGCAGCAGACCAUUCAGACACAGGUGGACACAAUGAAGAUCGUCGCCACGUCCAGUGGUUUGGUGGCCGACUUGGUUGGACGCACAUUGGAGAUCCACGUUGGUGUGCGCAACAUCAACAAGUUCCUCAAAGACACUGCCGAUGACUUUGAGUGUUAUGGUCGCGAGGUUGAGAACGCUCUCGGUCUCCGUCUGCAGAUCGUUCGUGGCUACAUCAAGCGUAACGAACCAAAGUUCCUCCAAGAGACUAUUAGACGUCUGACCGAUGCCGUGGAGAACGUGGUCCGUGUCGAGAUUGACUGGGAGUCGAUCAUCCAACAUGCUGGCUUCCUCAAGUACGUUGACUUCAAGCCAGUGUUGGCCAACAUUCUCAAGUUGCCCGCACAACUCCAUCCAGUGCAACAGUUGUGCCGUGAGAACCUUGCCGCCAAGAAGGCACUGUCCAUCGUACCCACCUACACUUUCAGAGUGGACGGCACCAACUCUGUCAACGAAUCAGAGUUCUGUGAGAACAAGUUUGGAGUGGACUGGGUGCGAGCAUCCUACUUCAAGCCACCUGCAAAGGACCACAUCCUGAUCACCGUCAAUGUCGGUCGUAUGAUCAUGGAGCCAUGUGACCUCGAGUUGGAGGACAAGAUUGAGUUCCUCGUGACACCUGACCUGGCAGAGGAGCGUUACCUGAAGAAGUUGGCACGUAAGGAUCGUGAGGAUGACCUCGCCUAUCGUCGUAAGCAAUCAGCUCGUGAGGAUGCCUAUCAUCAAGAGCAAAUGAGAAUGGAUCAGCGAAUGCUCGACUCGUCCAAUCAACGUAACAGAGAGCUCUCACAGUUGAAUCGCAAGCUAAGCCGUUGGUAA